UCACCCUCCUCCUCCUCUUCUCCAUUAACAACCACCUCUUCCCAACCCCGACUCUCCAUGACAUUCACAUGUACAGUUGAGGGAUGCGGCGAACGCUCAACCCACCAAUUCACAAAACGCAGCUAUGAGCGCGGUAUUGUGUUGGUUGAAUGUCCGGGGUGUAAGAAUCGACAUCUGAUAGCGGACCACCUGGGCUGGUUCAAAUUCGGCACUGAGGAGGGGAAGAAUCCUACGAUUGAGGAUAUACUCCGUUCUAAGGAGGAGAAGGUUCGAAGGGGAAGUUUGGGUGCUGGUGGGGUGGUGGAGUAUUAUGACUGA